AUGGUUUCAGCAGGACAGCUCAUAUGGGUCUCCUUCCGACCUCUGUUACGAUUGGUCUUGAGCGUACUUGGAGGCUUCGUUAUCACCAAAGUAGAUAUCUUCCCGGCGGUCGCUGCAAGAGGUGCAGGACAAGUCGCUCUGAAUAUUACAAUGCCUUGCCUCAUGUUUUCGAAAAUGGUACCCGCGUUUUCCUCAAGUAAUAUCAGUGUCUUAGGACCUCUGUUUGCAAUUGGCGCUAUCUAUCAAUUUAUGGGCAUCGGCUUGUCCUGGCUGAUCAAACAGUUCUUCUGGGUUCCACACCGCUUCCGCUAUGGAAUGCUUGCUGCUGGUGGGUGGGGAAAUUAUGGUGACAUCCCGACGGCUGUCAUCAUGAGCAUCACUGGAGCUGCACCAUUCAACGGCGAGGCAGACCAAGACCUUGCCGUAGCUUAUAUUUCGGCAUUAAUCCUGUAUUAUAUGUUCACUUUCUUUCCGCUAGGGGGAAACAGACUGAUUGCAUUGGACUUCAAGGGACCGGAGGUCGAACCUGAAGAAGUCCAGGAAAGCAUUCGCACACGACGAAAAUUUCUUCUUUGCGGUUGGCCGAAGGCUUUAAAGCAGAAAAUGUUAUACCGUCUAGCUGAUCCUGAAAACACGGAUUGCGAAAAUCAGUUCAAGGACUCGGAAAUGACUCGGAACGAAAAGGCUUUGGCCGAUGAACCUGUCGACCUUCAACCUUGUCCCGGAUUACAUGUUCCAUACCAUGAAGACGCGACGAUUGUAGCGCCAUCAGAAGCUGCUCAACCCAUAUGUCGUACUGAACCUGAAUCGACAGUCACGACCCACGGGGAACAUAAGGACGGUUCAACCUCCUACACCCCGGCUCCAUUUAAUCCCAGUCGUCACCCCAUAUUGCGUCGAUGGAAGACUAUUUCACCUUCGCUGCGUACGGCUGUCGAGUCCAUUUGCAUGCCGGCGUCGCUAGCUAUCAUUGUAUCCCUCGUCAUUGCUCUGAUCACUCCCGUCAAGGCCCUUUUCGUCCAAGUCGACGGCUAUUACAUGCCCUCAGCGCCCGACGGUGACCCACCUUUGGCGUUUAUCAUCGAUUUUGCAGGGUUCAUGGGUGCGGCCUCUGUUCCUCUUGGUUUGAUAUGUCUGGGUUCCGCGCUGGCGCGAUUGAAGGUGCCUCAUUGGUCGAGUAUGCCGCUGGGGGCCAUUCUCUCGCUAGCUGUCGGUCGCAUGGUUGCGAUGCCAGUGCUGGGCGUGUUGAUUUGUAAAGGGUUGAUACACGUCAAUUUUAUCUCAAAAGAGGACAAGGUGCUGCAAUUUGUGUGCAUCUUCUUUUCCCGCCUUCCGACGGCGACGACGCAAGUUUUCGUGACUCAGGUGUACAGUGGAACAGGGAGUGCAGACCACUUGCCUGCGUUUCUUAUACCGCAAUAUUUCCUUAUGUUUCUAUCAAUGACAGCUCUUUCUGCUUUUACCCUUCAGUUAUUAUUUUGA